AUGAUUCAUGUGUUGGUAGAUUGUAUUCUGUUACUGUAUAUGGGGGACAUUGUGAAGUUUGUUCUUGACAUUAGAGGAGCUCUUACUGCAUAUAUUUCAUAUGCAGUUAUCGAUAGAUGGAUGCUUUAUGUAUCCAGAAAUGGUGUCAAGAAGCUAACUCUUCGCGUUUCAAAUGAUGAUACCUAUACAUUGCCUUCUUCUAUUUUUAAUUGUUCAACAUUGACACAUUUGAAACUCUCCAACUGUGUUUUCAAACCACCCGAUCCCUUUCUUGGUUUUCAGAAUCUUGUUACCCUUCAUCUGGAAGGGACAACCUUUGUGCCAGCCACAUCAUUUUGUGUUAUCAAGGCCCCCCUUCUUGCUGAAUUGCAUUUGAUCUUGUGUCGUGGUACACAAUACCUAAACAUUGUUUCACCAGGGCUGGAGUUCUUGUUCUUUCGUGAUAGUCACUCAUAUCUCAUGCUAGAUUGCUUUAUGAACUGCAAGAAUAUAAGACUGUUAAAACUUGAAUUUAACGGAGUGGUUUAUAAUCCAACAAAUGAUAAAAUAUCAACUUUGGACAAUGCCGAAGCAACUUUGAAGUAUCUGGACACACCAUCCUUCUUGGAACGACCACUCCACAAGCUAGAGCACAUUGCCAUCAACUUUUUUAAGAGUUCAAAACCUGAACUACUUUUUGUAAAGCUAUUGCUUUCUCGCACUCCAUCUCUUUUAAAGAUGUGCAUUGUUCAGUUUUCAAACAUUGACAGUGAUAGUGCCUUAGAAUUGAUGCGUUUCCCCAGAGCUUCUCCCAGGGCAGAGCUAUUCUAUUCUUGA